AUGCGUUUCAGGCUGCUUCUCGCCUUCCUUUACGUAUUCCUGCUUUGGUUGGCUUUUUCUCGUAUUGUAAUAAGAUUAGUUCUUAGCGAUAAAGAAAAAGGUAUCAUAGAAACAAAAAAUAAUCUCUUAUCUUUUCAUUCUGUAGUUUUAUGUGGAUAGUAAUUUUUUUUUGAGUAGUUUCAGGCAACGACCGAAAAAUUUUAUUCAAAAUCAUUCCGGGAAUAAAAAUAUACUGAAAUAUAAGUGUUUUGGUGAUUUUCAAAGAGAAACCAAGAAAAAUAAAAAUGUAUUGUCGAAACAGUAUUCUUCCUGUCGAAUUGCGCCGGGACGCCAACCAGAAGCUGAAGGCGUGCUGUGCCAGGCAGAAGGCCGCCGACAAACAGUGCAAACGUCGGUUCUGCGACUUCGACGCCAUCAAUCAGAACAACGUGGGUUGAUAGACUCUGUCGGUCAGAAGGGACUUUCCAGAUGCUCCACUACCUCAACGUCUGUUCUCCGAAGAACGACACAGUCCAGCUCAUGUGGGAUUGUGCUUCGUCGCGUGCUGACCACACCUCAUGUUGCAAAAAAAAGUUUUCUUCUUCAGUCUCUCUGCAGAUCAAUUUUUAAUAAGACUGAUCGCUCAAAAAAAUGAUCUUGAAGUUCUAAUAAGUAAAAUUUUGGACGAAAUGGCUAUGCUAUCGCGAUAUGUGCUGAAAAUAAUGAAGUAAGCUCAAAUUUUGGAUAGUUAGGCGCAGACUUGUUCUGCGCCAUUUGGGUUUAGGCUGGGUUUAUUACUUUUGUUUUCCGAUAAUUCAGAGAAUUAAAAAAACUUUAAAGGCAUAGGGGCAGUAAAAAAUGGGGUUUCAGGUGAAAGUAGUAUCUUAUAUAGUUUUUCUUUGCGAAUCGAAUAGUGUACUCGAAAAAAUUAAAGAUGUGACAACUUUAGAAGAAAAACGCGAUUUUACUUUCCCGGCUUUAUUUUUGAAAAAUGCUUUGGAUCGGCAUACGGACACAUGUUUACAGUAGCCGUGCACGCGAUGUUGCGGACGUCUCAUUAGACUCGCAUUUUGUGAGAAAUAACCGAAUAUAUGCUUCAAAUUAAGGGUUUCUUUUUCUGAAAAAAAUUGAUUAAGAAAACAAAAAAACACACCGAUAAUAAAGAAAAACACAAAAUAUUGCUAUCCCCAUCGAAACCUGUGUAAAAUCAUCAUUUUUCACCAGAAAAGCUUUUUUGCGAUCAAAGUUUGCAAAUUAUACAUGAAUAGAAAGCUUUUGUGACGAAAAGAACUUUGGUGACAACAGAAAAAAUUGAAAAUUGAAAGAAACGAAGAAAAAAGCGAAUAUCCGAAGAUGGCGAAGCCUGUUGUCCAUAGAGCAACUUUACUGCAAAGUGCCCGUUCUGCGGGAACUCAAACGUUCCUCUCUCCGACUUUGAAUUAUUUUUUCUCCAAAAAUAGGAAGUUCGGGACGUUUUCAAGUUUACCGUUCGAUUCGCAAUGAAAAGCUCUACAAAGUACUGCUUUGAAUUACGGUUUUACGAAAACCCAAUGAAAACCCUCUAGUUUUCCGUUAUGUAGAGCCUUUAUGGCGCAUUUUCAUUUAGAUGUAUACUAAACAUCAUUCGCCACAGUUUGAAAAGUUCUCAUCUUUCAUUGAUUUUCGAUCCCGAUCACCAGGUAAGGAGGACCCAGAAAUGUCGGCCUGUUUCAAGACGCGGCGAAUGAUUUAUAUCAAACGUUUCCUAGCAAUCCAUUGUUUUAGUUGUUUUUAUUUCGUUGAAAAUGAACGAGAGAAAUAAAAGCGCGGAAUUUUCAAAAUAAUAUGAAGCCGACAUUAAUUUGUUUUAGUUCUUCCGUACAGAUAAUUUUCUUUUUUAAACACUUCAUAGUGCUAGUCACACCGUGCUUUCAUCUCUCAACCCAAAAGUUUUCAGCAACGUUCUGCCGGCCUGUCUGCCCUACUGCGCGGCAGAGGGAAGCGUGCCGACAGACCACGUGCAGCACGUCUUCUGCAUGCAGAACUUCGACCUCAUUCGUCAGUGCUUCAAAUCUCAUUUGGACCAGCACCCCAACAUUUUCGGCGACAAUUGA